AUGGAUGGAACCUACAAGGCGGUGGCCACGCGCGACCGCGGAGGGAAGCCCAUCGCCUCGCGCUUCGUGGUGGUGCAGGCGCUGCGCUCCGAGAAUCCGGUGCUCUGGGACCGCUAUGCCGGACGCCGCGAGCAAGUGGCAGUUCAGCUCUCAAGCCGCGGGGAGGAUUUUCCCAUCACGCCUUCAACACUCUCGGCCUCCCUGGGUCUAGCGCUCCGCUGCUUGCACGAGGAGCAUGGGAAUCCCAGCAACGAGGCGUAUCUUUUGCAUGGAAGCAACCCUACAUCUGCUUUGUCCAUCCUCCGCACCUCCUUCAAAAUGGGCUUGGCGGGCCGGAAUGCCGGCUCCAUGUUCGGCCCCGGCGUCUACCUUGCGGAGUCGUCAGUGAAGGCUGACGAGUAUGCGCAGGACGACACCAACGGCUCUUAUGCAG